AUGUCACUUACAUCCAGCCAAUCAAUGACUGCACAACAACUAUACUUGAAAUCAAUAGAAUGUGAUCCAACCAAUUCAAAUUCAUAUAAUAACCUUGCAACAACACUUUCAAGUGGUGAAUCAAUCACACUUAAUGAUGGACAAUCAAUGACAAAACAACAAUUAUUAUUGAAAUCAAUAGAAUGUGAUCCAACUCAUUCAAAUUCAUAUAUUAACCUUGCAAAUACACUUUCAAAUGGUGAAUCAAUUAUACUUCCGAAUAGAGAAUCAAUGACAAAACAACAAUUAUACUUGAAAUCAAUAGAGUAUGAUCCAACCAAUUCAAAUUCAUAUUAUAACCUUGCAAUGACACUUUCAAGUGAUGAACAAAUCACACUUAAUGAUGGACAAUCAAUGACAGAACAACAACUAUUAUUGAAAUCAAUAGAAUGUGAUCCAACCAAUUCAGAUUCAUAUAAUAACCUUGCAACUACACUUUCAAGUGGUGAAUCAAUCACACUUAAUAACGGACAAUCAAUGACACAACAACAAUUAUACUUUAAAUCAAUAGAAUGUGAUCCAACCAAUUCAAAUUCAUAUUAUAACCUUGCAAUGACACUUUCAGGUGAUGAAUCAAUCACACUUAAUGAUGGUCAAUCAAUGACACAACAACAUCUAUACUUGAAAUCAAUAGAAUGUGAUCCAACCAAUUCAAAUUCAUAUUAUAACCUUGCAAUGACACUUUCAAGUGAUGAAUCAAUCACACUUAAUGAUGGACAAUCAAUGACACAACAACAACUAUUAUUGAACUCAAUAGAAUAUGAUCCAACCAAUUCAAAUUCAUAUAAUAACCUUGCAACGACACUUUCAAGUGGUGAAUCAAUCACACUUAAUGAUGGACAAUCAAUGACACAACAACAAUUAUUAUUGAAAUCAAUAGAAUGUGAUCCAACAUAUUCAAAUUCAUAUUAUAACCUUGCAAAUAUACUUUCAGGUGAUGAAUCAAUCACACUUCCAAAUGGACAAUCAACGACAAAACAACAACUAUACUUGAAAUCAAUUGAAUGUGAUCCAACUGAUUCCGAUUCAUAUUAUAACCUUGCAACGACCCUUUCAAGAGGUGAAUCAAUCACACUUAAUGAUGGACAAUCAAUGACUCAACAACAACUAUUCUUGAAAUCAAUUGAAUGUGAUCCAACUGAUUCCGAUUCAUUUUUUGAGAUUUCAAUUCCACUGUCUCAAAAUGAAACAAUAACACUCCACAAUGAUGUUCGAAUGACAAAACAACAACUAUUAUUGGAAUCAAUAAGAUUAGAUCAUACACAAACAAAAGCUUACAAAACGCUCGGAUUUACACUUUUGAACAACAAACAAACGAUUACACUUCCAAAUGGUGAGCAAAUGACAAGAAGACAACUACUUCAAAAAUCAAAUUUACAAGUUGAUGUUGAUACAAACAACAACGAUGAAGAUAUCUGA